CUUGGUGGCUGACCUGACCAGAGUUAACAGAAACUUAAACAGGACUUUAAAACAGUUAUGGUGAAUAACUUCAGACAGGGUAAUUAGUAAGUCGUUAAAAUAGUUGCAAAUAUGUUGCUGUGGUCCGUCGGGAUGAGAGUCAGGAGGAGCAGCUCUGUCCUUCUGCUUUUUCUCUCUGUGAUCUUAUUCCUUGUCGGCCCGUGUCAGCCGGGCUGCCGGGAAACAGGACAGUGUUGCACCGGCCGGGACCCGUCAUGCUUCAGCAAAGGGUGGAGGUCGGACCGCACCUUUGGGACCUGCUACUGCGACCAAGCCUGUGUGUCCACCCUGGACUGCUGCCAUGACUAUGAUUCAGCCUGCCCAGCACUGUCCUGUGUGGUGAGUGAGUGGACGUCAUGGUCAGGCUGUGCUGAACCCUGCAGGGCCACAGUCCGUAGGAGGAACAGGACCAUCCUGCAGGAGCCCCUCAACGCAGGAAACCCCUGUCCUCACCUGGAGGAGCACGCUGGCUGCGCAGAGUACUGGUCUCAGCAUGGAAACUGUCACAACCCACCUGUCCCAGCAUUGAUUAUCUCUGGUGGCUAUGGCAACGCCAGGAAGAAAAGAGACAUCCCUGACAGCAUUGACAUCACAGGGUAUUGUGUCCAGUUUCAGUUGACCUCUCUGACAAAAGGAUGCCAGCAGAGCUCAGGCCCACACACUCAGUGGAUGCAGCACCUGAGGGAGGGGCACCGUGUGUGUGUCGAGUGCCAGCCGCCUGCUCUCGCCGUUGGACAGACACACUGCGCCGGAGAUGGAGAGGAAAACGACGGGGGCAGAAGACAGUCUCUCCAGUGGCAGGCGGUGGGAAACCCUCGAUGCAGGGGUGUGUGGAGGCGUGUGGGGAGGCUGGAGGCCUGCUCCUGCCCAACAGCCCACAGCUUCCUCUUUAUAUAACAUCCUGCUUCCUUCUGUUAUCCCCCCUCCUGUACACAUAUUUUCAGACUCAUCUACUGUAUAAAGAACAAUCAGCCAGAAUAAUUAACCGGUUCUGUUUAAGAGUUCUGGUCAAUGCUCAAUUGUGCCUUCUUCUCCAGAUGAGUGCAACUACAUGUAGAUGUUUUUUUUUUUGAAUGGCUGAAUAUUUGUCGAUGAAAACUGCUAUUUUCUUUUCAGAAUCCAAUGCAUUUGUUGUCCUUACUGCUCACCAAACAUUUUAAUAAAACAUAUUUUAUUUUUAGUUUGCAUCAACAACAGCAAAUGAACAGCAACAAAAGAAAGUCAGAAAUCCUAAUCAAAAUGUAAAGUGAUCUGAUUUAUUUCAUUGUAAUCAUCCAAGGGAAAUGUCGCUUUUGUUGAGAAAUAGAAAUAUCUUGGGACAUUGAGACACUUUUUUUACAUGACAAGUACUGGCUCUGUGUGAAUCACAACCAGUCACAACGCCAAAGUUACAACAUGCACAGAACAAUAAAACAUUGAUACAGAAACAACAGCAUAGAAAGUCAACAGGUAAAAAUGUUUUUUCUUUUUUUUUUACAAAACAGACAGCCUCGGGACCUACAAACAACAUCGUAUAAGAGCUGGCUAAGGUCUUUCAAAUAACUUUUUUAAUUUCCCUGGAAACAGUGUACUUUACAAAGACUGAUGGCUUAGGCAAGGUUGGGGUCAAUUCCACUGAGAGCUUAAAACAUUGAAAAAAUAUAGAUUAUGAUUUAAUUUGUACUGGUUUUUAUUUACGUCAUGCUGUAAUACUGGUUCCUUUUACAGUGUAAUGUGUUAUUUGUGUUUAUGUUUAACAAGGCAUUCUGAAUCGACCCCAACCCUGUAAUACAGUGUUAGAUUCAGAGUAAAUUGGGCUACUUGCUAAAGCAGUGGUUCUCACUGGGUUUUAGAAACUACCACAUGUCCUUGAAAAGGGUCCUAUGGGGUUCUAACAAAAAAAUACGAAAGACUUAAACCUCUCUAAACAAAUUUAGCAGCUAGAGCGACAACCAAGUUCUAUUGUAAGUUAACUUACGUAAACUAAACGCAUUUACUGUACAGUCGGGAGUCUUGUUAUGGAAACGUUUAUGAAUCUGUGCUCUUCU